AUGUCUAAUAGACCACAUUCACAAAAUCAACACAAUAAAAACAAUUGUGUAUUUCGUUGUUCGAAGUGUACUCUUAGUUUUUCUAAUCAAAAAACUUAUCAUGAACAUUUACGUAAUCAUACUAUAACUCAUAAAACCAAUGUACAUAAUUCUAUGAGUGAUACGUCAGCAUCAGAUGAUACAGCUCGAUACAUUGCUGAACGCCGAAAAAAUUAUCCAACAACAGACAACAUUAAUAAGAAAAUGAAAUCUGAUGAAGAACGACAAGAACGUGGUGAUGUAUUAGAAACUCGUCAAUUUGGACGAAUGAAAGAACGUAAAACAAACUCAAACAAUACUAAUAAGACCGAAUUGACAAAACCAAUCAUUACAAUUUCUGCAACCAAAAGUACCAAUGCUAGUGCAACAUUAUUAGAACGACUUUUAGCACCUGAUAUUCGUCGUGAACGUAACAUGGUACUUCAGUGUAUUCGUCAUAUUGUUAAUAAUAAUUUCUACGGACUUGAUGAUAAUUGA